AUGGCGAGGUACGGCGAAGUUGAACGAAGAGGACUGAGCUUAGAUUUUAGGCGAACGUAUUGUUUACGUUGUCAUGCGUACUUCUGCGUGCGGUCAACAGCGUAUUAUACGCAGCACGGCGAGAACAGGGCGCAUAGCUACCACCUUCGAGUUAAGGAGAGCUACCACCGAGCAGUUCAACGUACUACGGCGAAGUUAGCCGCAGUCCAUCGACAAUCAUCUUAUCAUUUCACCACUCGACGUAUCACUACGGCGAAGUUAGCCGUGGUUCCUCGACGAGUACCCUGUCUUAGUGAGACAACGACGCCCCACCACGACGUAGUUAGCCGAGGUUUGUCGACCGUCGGCCUUGACACAGAGAUGUUCAGAAAUUUCAGCAAUGCAGCUUGA